AUGAUGCCAGGCUUCAGGGUAAUGCUGCUGGUCCCCGGGGUCGUCAUGGCGAUGAUGGUUGUCCGGAUGAACGGGGCGCGAGUGGUGAGCGGUCAGACGGUGUGUUCGGGUGGUCCAGAGCAUCCCUGCUAUAAAAUUGCAUAUUUCCACGAUGUGUCGAGCCGCGUUGCCUUCAGGGAGGCGUGCCAGGCCUGUGAGAUGGAUGGAGGGUCGCUGCUCAGCAUUGAGAGCCCGGCCGAGCAGAAAGACAUUGAAAAUCUGCUGGAGGUGAGACAAACAGAUGGAGGUGCAGGUGGAGGAGGCAUAGCGGACGGUGAUUUCUGGAUCGGUCUGACUCGGGUGGACGGACUCGAUCAGGCUCAUCCUGAACUCAGCAACACCUUCACUUCCUGUCCACAGCUCUACCAGUGGACCGACGGCAGUCGAGCCAUCUUCAGGAACUGGUAUUUCGACGAACCGUCCUGUGGAGGAGAGGCCUGUGUCGUGAUGUACCAUCAACCAACUGCACUUCCUGGUCUGGGUGGGGCUUAUCUCUACCAAUGGAACGACGACCGCUGCAACAUGAAACACAACUUCAUCUGCAAAUACAAACCAGAAGUGACAACAGGUGGAGGUGUGGUCACAAAGCCUGCAGGCGGCGAGGAGGUUCCUCCUGAGGUCACCAUGGCUGGAGCUUCAGGCAUGUUACUGGUCUAUGUGAUCAUCCCCACAAUCCCCCUGCUGCUGCUCAUCCUGGUGGCCUCUGGGACAUGUUGUUUUCAGAUGCUCAGUGGAAGGUAAGACAGGAUGUUCCCUUUCAAAACCUUUUUUCUUUCAUUAAUUUAUCGAGAGUCCAGUGUUUGGAGCUAAGGUUGGCUUAGCUACAGAA